AAAAGCGCCAGCCGACCGCCGGAGCGUGAGGGAGGGCGCGAGUUCUGUUUCAACGCGGCGCUGAACCUCCCGAGUAGCCACGAUGAGCAAGGCUCACCCGCCCGAGUUGAAAAAAUUCAUGGACAAGAAGUUAUCAUUGAAAUUAAAUGGUGGCAGACAUGUCCAAGGAAUCUUGCGGGGAUUUGAUCCCUUUAUGAAUCUUGUGAUAGACGAAUGUGUGGAGAUGGCAACUAGUGGACAACAGAACAAUAUUGGGAUGGUGGUAAUACGAGGAAAUAGUAUCAUCAUGUUAGAAGCCUUGGAACGAGUAUAAGUAAUGGCCGUGUUCAGCAGAGAAAUCCACUGCUUUCACGUAUCCCCUCUCCUCUCCAAAGGGCCUGUUUUACUAUGAUGUAAAAAUCAGGCUGUGUACAUUCUUCAUAUUUUUUUUUUUGUUAAAUAAACUUUUGUAAUAGUCAAAA